AUGGCUCCAACCAUGCUAGCCAUCACAGCCCCCAACUUCGCAGACCCGAGCCAGUAUGAACUGUCCACGGUGACGCGACCAACAAUUACAGAGCAGACUGAUGUCGUCUUCCGCGUCCACGCCGCAAGCAUCAAUCCCGUAGACGUAAAGAAGGCGGCUGGCGUCUUCAAGCACGCAGUCCAGGAACAAUUCCCUUAUCAGAUCGGCUACGACGCAGCAGGCGUGGUGGCAGAGGUCGGGUCAGCAGUCACCCGCGUCAAAGUCGGCGAUGAGGUCUACACGCGCCUGCCGGAAGCUAGUCGGGGGUCUUGGAGCGAGUACGCCAAGUGCGCCGAGUCCUUUGUGGCUCUCAAGCCCGCGAGCUUAUCCUUCAGUGACGCCGCGUCGAUGCCACUGGCGAGUGUCACGGCGCUCCAGGCUCUGAGAAAGUACGAGGGAUCUCUGGAGGGCAAGACGGUAUUUGUGCCUGCAGGCUUGAGCGGCACGGGGCUGUUUGCCUGUCAAUUAGCUAAGAAUGUCUUUCGAGCCGGCAAGGUGAUCACAACCGUCUCGGCCUCCAAGGUCUCUAAAGUCCCUCGACUCUUGGGUGAAGGCGUGGCCGAUCAGAUCAUUGACUAUACUAAGGAGGAUCCAAGAAAUGUGAUUACGCCACGUUCCGUCGACUUUCUUUUCGACACGACUGGGCAAUCCAUGGAGUUUCUAUCUCUCAUGGUCCCCAAGACAGCCUUCAUCGUCUCCAUUUCCACAACACCGUCUGCGUCCACGCUGCAGGCGUCCAAUGUCAUGCAACGGCCCGACAAUCCACGCAUUCCCCUCGUCGGUCGCCUCUUCCUCGACGCCACGGACAGUCUGCGGAAACUGAGAGCGUGGCGCUGGGGCGUCACGUACUUGUACUGGUUCCUGCAGCCCAAUGGAGGAGACUUGGACAAGCUGCGAGGCUACGUGGAGGACGGUAAACUUGUGCCCGUGGUCGGGCUGAAGGUGAAUCUGCGCGAUGUUGAAAAGGUGCGCGAUGCAUGUCUACAGACGUACAAUGGCAAGGGUGGCCUGGGAAAGACAGUAUUGGAGGUCAUCCAGAGUUGA